UUCGGGAACUUGUCGCGGUCCCCACGCCCUGCGGCUCGGGGCCAUGGAGGACGAGCAGCCCGACAGCCUGGAGGGCUGGGUGCCCGUCCGCGAGGACCUCUUCGCCGAGCCCGAGCGGCACCGGCUGCGCUUCCUGGUGGCCUGGAACGACGCGGAGGGCCAGUUCGCCGUGACUUGUCACGACCGCACGGCGCAGCGGCGGCGGCUCGAGGGGAGCCAGCGGGCAGCCGAGGCCGAGCCCGGGCCGGAGGCCGUCGCGUCGCCUCCCAGCUGGGCCGGCCUCCUCUCGGCCGCCGGGCUCCGCGGCGCGCACCGGCAGCUGGCGGCGCUGUGGCCGCCGCUGGAGCGCUGCUUCCCGCUGCUGCCGCCGGAGCUGGACGCGGGCAACGGCGGGACCUGGGGCCUGCGGCUCGGGCUGUGGGAGCUGGUGUGGCCGGUGCGCCGGGGCCCGGGCGAGGCGGCGCUGCAGGAGCUAUGCACGCAACUGGAGCGCUACCUGGGCGAGGCGGCCGGCGGCUGCGGUGCCGCGGCCGUGCGGGACGCGCUCUUCCCGACCGAGGGCGGCGCCGCCGACUGCGAGAGCCCGCGCGCCUUCCGGGAGCGGGCCCUGCGCGCCAGGCGGGCCGAGGCGGGCGCGCGGCUGCGCCAGAUUCUUCUAGGGCACGAAAAAGCCAACACCAUGGUAGCAUUAAUGAAAGUAUAUCAAGAGGAGGAUGAUGCAUACCAGGAAUUAGUUACUGUGGCAACCAUGUUCUUCCAGUAUUUACUGCAGCCAUUUAGGAACAUGCGAGAAGUUGCUACUUCAUUUAAGCUUGAUGUCUUGAAGUCCCUGGAGGAGGAGGAUUUGGGUCCUAAAAGGAUAGUUGCCUUGCGGAAGGAAGCCAAAGAAUGGGCCAGACGGGCUGAAGAAGCUGUAGUCUCUGUUCAAGAUAUUACAGUGGAUUAUUUCAAAGAAACAGUUAAAGCACUAGCAGGAAUGCAGAAACAAAUGGAACAGGAUGAGAAGAGAUUUGGCCAGGCUGCCUGGGCCACAGCAACUCCCAGGUUAGACAAACUCAAGCUGAUGUUAGCUCAAGAGACUCUACAACUCAUGAGAGCCAAAGAGUUGUGUUUAAAUCACAAAAGAGCUGAAAUUCAGGGAAAGAUGGAAGAUCUUCCAGAACAAGAACAAGUUGUAGAUGUUGUAGAUGAAUUAGAAAUGCAGUAUUACAAAGUUCAACUAGAACUGUAUGAGGUUAAGUUUGAGAUAUUAAAAUAUGAAGAAAUCCUGCUUGUUACACAGUUAGACUCUAUUAAAAGACUUAUAAAAGAUAAACAGGAUGAAGUUGUCUAUUAUGAUCCAUGUGAAAGUCCGGAGGAACUUAAAGUCAUUGACUGUGCAGUGGGGCUGCAGGAUGAGAGUCUGGGGGUGAAAGAACUCAGCCGGCAGUGCCGCCACUUGGAGUCUAAGCGGGGCAGGAUCUGCGCCCGAAGAGCCUUUCUCAGGAACAGAGAGGAUCAAUGCAAAGAACAUCAUCGGCUUCGAUUGCAACAGGCUGAAGAAAGUAUAAGGCAUUUUCAUCAGCAUCAUAGAAUUCAGAUGAAAAGAGACAAGAUAAAAGAAGAGGAGCAAAAGAAAAAAGAAUGGGUAAACCAAGAACACCAAAAAACACUGCAACGAUUGAAAGCAUUUAAAGAGGGAUGUCCAGGGCCGCCUGCACCGACGGCGGCUCGCGCGGGGUCCGCGGCCCGGAGCCUGCCCUCCGGGAGAGCCGGGUGUCGGGACGGCCCCGGGAACGCCCCCGCCCCGCUCCGUGCUCCGGCCGGUGACCCAGCCCACCGCGCGCCCCCGGACGAGCCUCUGCCGCCGCCGCCGCCCCCGCCGCCCCCUCUCCCUGCCCGGCCCUUUUCUCAGGCCGCGAGGCCGCGGAGCUCGCCGCUCAGGACGCCGGGGAGCGGGGGCCCGGCAGGCCCGCCGGAGCGGGAGGCCGACGGCCCAGGAGGCCCAGGGUCUAUGGACGAAGUGUUGGCCUCCCUGAGGCGUGGCAGGACCCUCCUCCAGAAAGGGGAAGGGCCCCCUUGGCCCUCUGUCCACGCCUCGGCCAACGAGAACAUUCUGGCUGCCAUAAGGCAGGGGGUCAGACUGAGGAAGGUUCACCCUGACCCUGACCGCGGCCUGAGCCCCGGCAGUAAGCCCCCCAGCGACCUGGAGAGGAGCAUCAGGGCAGCGCUCCAGAGAAUCAAGCGAGUGUCCGCUGACUCCGAGGAGGAGGAGGGGGACAGCGAUGGGCAGAGCCCCUGCGAGUGGGACUGCUAAGCUGUCCCCCAGGAUGGAGGACACGGGCCCAAAGCCUGUGCUUGAAGAACAGGGCGGACCGGCCGGGAGAUCAGCAGGGCUUUGUGUGCCCUUGCGGCUUUUAUCUGACUUCGGGGAAGGGAGUGGUGAUUUGGUGACUUCCACACGCCAGACCGCAGCUGGGAUGUAGGGCCCGCAGCUGGGAUCUGAGGACCCACAGUGAGUACUGCCGACCCGGGGAACAAUAUUUCUUUUUCACUAUGAACAAUCUAGAAUCGGCCCCUUACUCUGACAGCAGUUUAGACUGCUGUGGUAAUGGCUCUGUCAGACUGUGGGACCUGCCCUCCUGAGUGUGUCAAGUAGUGGCUUCCUCAGCCUUGAAUGUGAACAUUAUUUUAGCAGUAACCAGAAUGAGUUGCUUGUAGUCAGGAAUUAUUGUAAAUAUUUUUAAUGAAAUAUAUUUUAUGUAUCGAGCACUAUCUGAACUUCUAAUAAAGAACUAUUUAUACUG